AUGUUUCCAUCUUCUUCUUCAUCUUCUGGUCCUCUAUGGAUACACGACGUGUUCGUCAACUUCCGAGGUAAAGACACUCGUCGUAACAUCGUUGCUCAUCUAGUUGCUGCACUAAAAAAUGCCGGAGUCAACACUUACAUGGACGACCAGCUUCACACCGGAACCGAAUUGGGACACCAAUUAUUGGGAGCAAUAGAAAAUUCUCAUAUAUCUAUACUGGUUUUCUCCAAAAACUACACUGAAUCUACUUGGUGUCUUAAGGAGUUGGAAAAAAUCAUGGAAUGUCACAGAUCUAAUGGCCAAUUGGUUGUCCCUGUGUUUUAUUAUCUCGACCCUUCCGUUGUUCGUCACCAGAACGGUGAUUUUGGAAAGGUUUUGAGGGCUACUGCAAAAAAAGUAUGCUUUCGCUCAGGAGGAGAGAAGAUGGAAAAAUUAUUGUCAAAUUGGACCGCUGCACUCACCCAAGCCGCUAAUUUCGCUGGUUGGGAUGUCAACAAUUACAGGAGUGAAGGUGAACUAGUGAAGCAAAUUGUUGAAGAUGUUUUGGCAAAACUAAACAGCACAUUCUUGUCUAUUACUGAAUUUCCAGUUGGAUUGGAAUCCCGGGUGCAAAAAGUGAAUCACUUCAUUGAAAAUCAACUAAAGAAAGUUUGUGUGAUUGGGAUAUGGGGGAUGGGCGGAUCUGGUAAAACAACCACAGCUAAAGCUAUCUACAAUCAAAUUCACCGCAAAUUUGUUGAUAGAAGUUUUGUUGAAAAUGUUAGAGAAGUAUGUGAAAAGGAAAAUAGAGGGAUUAUUCAUUUACAACAACAACUACUUUCAGAUAUCUUGAGCACAAAGAAGAAGAUACAUAGUAUUGCAUUAGGGACAGCUGAGAUUGAGAAGAGAUUCCAGGCGAAAAAGGCACUCAUUGUACUGGAUGAUGUGACCACAGUUGAACAAUUAAAAUCUCUCUGUGGAAAUCCUAAAUUGUUUUGUCCGGGAACUGUAUUAAUUGUUACAACUAGAGAUAAACGCCUACUUAAGUUAUUUAAGGUUGAUUAUUUAUGCACAAUGAAGGAAAUGAAUGAAAUUGAGUCACUUGAGCUUUUCUGUUGGCAUGCUUUUAGACAACCUAGUCCAGUAAAAGACUUUUGUAAACUCUCGGGGAAAGUAGUUGCUUAUUGUGGAGGAUUACCGGUUGCUCUUGAAGUCCUUGGUUCUUACUUAUAUGAGAGAACAAAAGAAGAAUGGGAAAGUGUACUGUCAAAAUUAGAGAGAAUUCCCAAUGAUCAAGUGCAAGAAAAGUUGAGAAUAAGUUACGAUGGUUUAAAGGAUGAUAUGACAAAAGAUAUAUUUCUUGACAUAUGUUGUUUCUUUAUCGGCAAGGACAGAGGUGAUGUUACAGAAAUAUUAAAUGGAUGCGGACUUUAUGCUGGUAUUGGAUUAACUAUCCUUGUAGAGAAGAGCCUUGUAAAAAUUGAAAAGAAUAACAAGCUUGGAAUGCAUGAUUUAAUUAGAGACAUGGGAAGAGAAAUUGUUCGUGAAAGUUCAACAAACGAGCCUGGCAAGCGAAGUAGGUUGUGGUUUGGUGAGGAUGUACAUGACAUGUUGACAAAAAAUACUGGAACAUAUACUGUUGAGGGAUUGGUUUUGAAGGUGCAAAGAACCAAUAGAGUCAUCUUAAGUACCGACUCUUUCAAGGAUAUGAAUAAAUUGAGACUUUUAGAACUUGAUCAUGCUGUCCUCGAUGGAGAUUAUAGGCUUCUUUCCAAAGAACUAAGGUGGGUCUACUGGCAAGGAUUUACCUUCAACUAUUUACCUGACGACUUUUAUCAGGGAAAUCUAGUUGUUAUUGUCGUAAAAUACAGCAGUAUCAUACAAGUGUGGAAGGAAGCCAAGUUGUUGGAUAAACUAACAAUUCUCAACGUCAGUCAUUCUGCAUACUUGAAAAACACCCCUGAUUUUUCAAAAUUGCCAAAUCUAGAAAAGCUUAUUAUGAAGAAUUGUCCAUGUUUGGCCGAGAUUACAAAGUUGGAAGAAGACAUAGUGCAGAUGGAAUCCUUGGAUUAUCGCGUGCUGUUUUUCCCUCCCUCAUUUGGUCUUGGAUGUCACCAACGAUCACUUUUGAUUGGAAUGGGAAGUUUCAAAUUAGUAAUUGACACUCUUGGCGAAAGCAUAUCACAGGGAUUGGCAGCAAAUUGUCCCGGUAACUUUGGUCUCCCGGAUGACAAUUAUCCUUCUUGGUUAGCCUAUAAAGUGUCUUGA